CUGUGUGGGAGGGGGGGGGCGAGCUGAGCCGCGAGCUCGUUCAGCCAUGUUAGUUUCCUUCUGCUGUUCACGAACGAUGAGAGAAGAGAGUCAUGGCCUUGUCAAUGAGCGGAGACGAUGAAGAAUAUGAGUCAGAGUCCGAGCAGCAGCGAGCAGUCCACCGUCCGAAGCCAAAGAUGGGGUCAACGUCGGGCGUCAAGCUGCCGUCCAACCGGAGCGCGUCGGGAGCCAGGCGCAGGAGAACGCGCUGCCGGAAGUGCGAGGCGUGUCUCCGCACAGAAUGCGGAGAGUGCCACUUCUGCAAGGACAUGAAGAAGUUUGGGGGGCCGGGGCGCAUGAAGCAGUCCUGCAUCAUGAGGCAGUGCAUCGCGCCCGUCCUACCCCACACGGCCGUGUGUGUGGUGUGUAAAGAGGCGGGGAAGGAGGACACCCUGGAGGACGAAGAGGAAAAGUUCAACUUCAUGCUAAUGGAGUGCUCCAUCUGCAACGAGAUCGUCCACCCCAACUGCCUCAAGGUGAGCGACGCCUCAGGUGUGGUGAAUGACGAACUGCCUAACUGCUGGGAAUGUCCCAAAUGCAACCACGCAGGCAAAAGUGGAAAAGUAUUGAAGCAAAAAAGGGGCCCCGGGUUCAAGUACGCGUCCAACCUCCCCGGCUCUUUGCUGAGGGAACAGAAGCCCGCAAAGGAGGAGGGGGACCUUUCCUCUGCGACGAAGAGGAAGCCGGACAGAGACGAGACGCCAAGAUACAGAACCGAGGAGGCUCUCCAUCGGCAGCCGCCGCUGCUGUCCCCCAGCGGCCUGCCGAGGCCCAGACCCGAGGACAAACUGAGGAAGAAGAGGAAGCUUUUUGAUGAUGAUGACGAAGAGGAGCUCACUGUGAGGAAGAAGUUUGCCACAAACUAUGUAGGCGACAUAAGCAAACAUGUGGAAGAAAGUCAUCUGGACAAGUCAGACGAUUCGUAUAUUUCCAAACUUCUCCCCCAAGUAAAGACGGAAAAGGAGGAGGAAGAUGAUGAUGACGACGAGGAAGGUGGAAGGGAGCAUGCUUUCCGCAGCGGCGUGGACAGGAAAGGGCGCUUCGGAGAGGCUGAAGAGGAAGGGGACUACAGGGACUCCAGAAACGACUCGUUGAAUUCGUCCAUCAAAACCCCACUUGGAGACAGCGACCACUCUCUCUGCAGCUCUCCACAGGCCGGCCCCAGCAGCGAGGGCGGCAGCGAGACGCAGGAAAGGGGGCCCCGUCCGAAGGCUCGCCGUAAGCGGCGUCUGCCCAACAGGGAGCUGAGCCGAGAACUGAGCAAAGCACUGAACCAGGAAAUCCAGAAGACCGAGGACUGCCUGGCCAACGAGAACAGGCAGCCGCUCAAGGUGGAGCCGGAGACGGAGAACGAGGAGCCAAAGAAGCUGUUCCGCAACGGUAACGAACUCGGCGACCAGAGGUCUCAUCUCAAGACCAAAGAGAUGAACGGGAACACCUGGGAUUUGCGCCACUUUUACCCAAGUCAGAUCACUCCUCUGGGCUUCAAUCGGAGCACCCCGACCACGCGGCCGGUGCCGCCGCGCUCCCCGCCCAAGUGCGUCCAAAUGGAAAGGCACGUAAUCCGGCCGCCUCCGAUCAGCCCGCCUCCCGACAGACUGCCCCUGAAAGACGGGAAAGCACACAUCCUCCAGCGAGAAGUCUGGAUGAAGAUAUUCAGCUACCUGUCACACCAGGAGUUGUGUGUCUGCAUGAGAAUCUGCAAGACGUGGAACCGAUGGUGUUGUGACAAGAGACUUUGGACAAACAUCGAUUUAAACCGCUGUACCUCCAUCACUCCGCUCAUGCUAAGCGGGAUAAUCCGCAGGCAGCCGGUCUCCCUGGACCUCAGCUGGACGAACAUUUCCAAAAAGCAGUUGAGCUGGCUCAUUAACAGGUUACCAGGUCUGCGAGUGUUAAAGCUGUCGGGUUGUUCCUGGGCUGCUGUCUCAGCACUCUGCACGUCCAGCUGCCCCCUGCUGCGCACUCUGGAUGUCCAGUGGGUGGAGGGUCUCAAAGACGCACAGAUGAGGGAUCUCCUUUCACUGCCCACAGACAACAGACCAGGUCAGCUGGAUAAUCGCUGCAAGCUGCGGAACGUGGAGGACCUGCGGCUGGCAGGGCUGGACAUCACGGACACGUCCUUGCGUCUCAUCAGUCGACAGAUGCCUCUGCUGUCCAGGCUAGACCUUAGUUACUGCAACCACAUCAACGACCAGUCUGUGAACCUGCUCACUGCAGCAGGAACUACAACCAGAGACUCACUCACAGAAAUCAACCUAUCAGUUUGUAACAGAGUCACGGAUCAUUCAUUGAACUAUUUCAAGCGCUGCGGCAGCAUCUGUCAGAUCGACCUUCGCUUCUGUAAGCAGGUGACCAAGACGGCCUGUGAGCACUUCAUUGCAGAGAUGUCUGUGAGCGUCCCGUUCAGACUGAAAGAGGACAAGCUGCUGCAGAAGAUAAGCUAGUUUCCAUCGGGACAAAAAAAAAAACAAAACAAAGUUUUCAGACUGUUUUUGCACUUAAACUACACGUCCUGUGAUAAGUCUCUGAAUCACUGUUGUCAUAGAAUACAAUGAGAGGGAAUUCAGUGGAUGGUGAUGUUCAUCGGACAAAAAAGGUUGCAUGUGUUUCUUUUUAUAUUUUUACUUUUAUAAACAUGUGGUUGUAUUUGAGUUAUUUUUAUUGGGUUUCGUUUCAUUUUUGAACAUAUUUUUGUACAAGCAAAAUCCUUCAUGUUUUUUUCUUUGUUUCUGGAGCCCAAAUAUCAGACUCUCAUGUCAUUUUCAACAGAACAACUUAGCUUCCUUUUUCUUUUUUUUUUUACUUGUGUGCCAAAAUCCAUGUUUGACAUCGACGCUUCAGCAUACAGAUAAGAAAAGCAUGCAUGUGCUGUGAUUUAAUUACCAUAGCUACAUUAAAUAGAUAAAUUUCAGAGAAAGCGAUAAAUUUCAUAUUUCUGUUACACCCUUGGAUGUUUUACAAGACUUUUAACUGUGGGGCGUUUUGUUUAGCGGUUUCCAGCAAUCUCUCAAUAUUAAUUUAUUGAUUUAUAUUUUUAUUACAGUUUGUAUUUAUUUGUUUUUUCAGUGACUUGACAUAGGUGUCUCACAUAGUUGGUUCAAAUGAUGCGUGUGAAUAAUUUAUCGGGGUGGCUGGAGCUCUUCAUCUGCCACCGGGUUUGUGUUUUGGUGCCCAAAAGUCAAUUAAAGCCAAUCUAACAGUGGCUUUAAAGCAGGCAGCCUCACACAGCCAUAAGGGCAACUAAUUAUGACCUCUGCAAGUUAUUUGCAUACAUUUAAAAAUAUACUUCAUACAGUCGGUGUUGUAUUUUUGGGUGUUGUGCUGUAAAUUUCUCGCCUCAGGUGAAUGUGAUUAUGUUUAUACAUGUAAAUCAAAAAAGAAGUGCUAAUUUGCAUUAAAAGAACUUAAUUUGUAUCAUCA